CGUAUCUCGGAAUGUCUGAUCAAGUGGGCUUCGCAUUUCGGGCCGAUGUCUGUCAACAUGGCAUCCCUCUCACACAUGCUGACGGGUCGCGUACUCAAGGCUCUCAGCGAUGGAGGAGUAGACACCUGCGCAAUGUUUGCUGCCUUCUGGCUUGGCGGCAAGGUUCCGUCGGUUCUCGCCAAGGCGCUGAGUAUCGGUUGGGGGCACUCAACCCCCGUGAUUGAAAUGACGCGCACGCAAGCAGGCACAAAUGCUCUUCUAGUCAUUGCCGCUUUGGCAACUGGCUCUACGCCAUUCCAAGCUACUCAGCUUCUGCAUGAGCUUCUCUCUGUUUUUGGGCUUGGUCCGCAAAAUCUCCCCAACAUUGAUGUUCUUCGUGGCUUGACAUCUUAUCUGGCCCCUUUCGCGCUUGAUAUGGGGUUUUCCAGGGUUUUGCAUUACAUCACCAUCACGACUGAAAGAGCUAUUCGUACAAGCAAUAAGUUUGCAAAUCAGUCUCCGGGUGAUCAGGAAAACGAACUUUGGAAGAUGAGGUGUCUGGGUAACGCGUCCAUCGUUGCUGGCGAUAUCAAACAAGUCAUAUUCACAGCGCGAAGAGGAGAAAGCCACUACAUGAUAUUGAGAGCUAGAGGAGCAUGGCUCCCUGCGUUUUCAUGUCAUAUACUUGGCAUGUCUGUUGAGCUGCGGCUCGAUGAAGAGAUCCUCUGGGCUUGUGGGGGAGAUCGGGGGACAAUCAUCUUCCAAAUGGGCAACCAUCCGAUCAACAACUUUUCUUUACAAUCCAUCCAGACACCUUUGAAUAUCAUCUCAACCAACGAAAUAGGAAAAUCUCUUCAAGAAAGAUCUUUCAUCGAAUACCCUCUGGACCAAGCGGUUUCAUCCCACCUAGCCAAAUGGCCCGAGGUUGAUCAAGAUCUCACCGACAUUAUCCAUGGGGCUAUCAACAGUCUAUCUGAUGAGUAUGUCUCUUUAUACCAUAUUGCCACUCUGACUCGUAACAAAGCCGAGCAGAAAAAUGAAAUCUUCCCUAUGCAAGGAGAUUUUGACAUUACAGGGGCAAUCCGGGAAACUCUUGCCGCCAUGAACAUUAGUCCUGGAUCAACUGGAGAAGGACCGCCAUAUUCCUACAACACUGAAUGGCGACUUAGGUGCUCUAGGUGGCAGCUUGGGCUUUCUACAUUGAGUGCAAACGAUCUGAAGAUGGUGAUGCGCCGUUGUGUUUUGCAUACAUGUAUGCAAACUAAAUGGAGGCUACUCAUGUAUGAUUGCGACACAAAGGCCACACCUGAUUGCUUGUGCAAACGUCUCGGAAUGCUCAUUAGCGGGGUUGCGGCCGCUUCGGUGGCCUUAGCGAGGUGCAAAUUCGACUCGUCACAGAUCAUGCUGCAAGAGAGCAUGCUGAUGGGGGAGACGCCGGUACCGUGGAGUCAAAAGCUGUUUUGCCCAAAUGAGGUCGAAGAUCGCUAUCCCCGAAACGACGAAUUCUUCGACUAUCUAGGGCGUCUUAUCUGCCAUGAUUAUACGGAUACCUGGCUUGCUUCAUACUAUACUGCCACGAGAGGUGAACCAGAAGCUUCCGUUCUAGGACUUUCGGGCGGCACUUUCACCAUAUACUACUCUUGCAUCAUGAGCAGAGACUGCUACGAUGAGCUUGGGCGAAUGAUCGAGAUCCGAAAUGGGCGAGCAUCUGUUGCAGGACUGUUUCGAAAUGUGAUAAUGGAAUGGGCGACGGACAAUGGGCAAUACCACGCUCAGAUGCACGCUCUGCGUGACAACAUCAAGCCGAGUGUACUGGCCGGUGGUUCUCAUCUUGGGCCUCAUUUUAGACCUUCUCAAACGCAGUUUUUUAUGGAUGCUAGCGUGGACGAAGCCCUCUUCUCCCUUCGCCUGGGACUACAUACGCCAACAUCACAACCCAUAUAUUUUCCGCUUACGAUCUUCCUUGUUGAAUUUCUCAGGAGAUGGAAGAUUCCUAGGUGCGAACACGCCAAAUUCGAUAAUUAUGAAUCUCAAUAUGACGGAGAGGUCGCAGUUGAUGGCUUCAAUGGAGCACAUCGCUGGGUAGAUCUGAAUAAUGAUGGGAGCGGCGUAUUUGAUGGUUUGAAUGGGGCAUAUCACUGGGCAAACCUGAAAAAACUACCCGGUGAAGUGCUGGUUUUUGCCCUUAAGGGUGACAAACUUCAGCAAAUUUUUAUGUGUACUUUCUUAUCAUGGGCAAGAGGAGGUCUCGAACAUCGCCCGGGUGUGCUUCAGCUCUAUGCAUGUCUGAAGUGCUCCAUCAACGAGGUGAAGCUCGGAAAUAAGUUGCCAGUUGUAGUUAUGGGCGGCUAG